AUCCGUCUCCUUAAGAGCUUGCGGCUUUGUUAAUUUUCCUGUGACUUGCACUCCUCUUGAACCCUUCGGUACUCUUCCCGGACGGCAGAACCAUGGACCCGGAGGGGUCCAAGAGUAGUCAUGAAGGAGAAGCGAGGAAAGAGAGGAAAGCUCAAAAGAUUCCCUUCUUUAAGCUCUUUGCCUUCUCUGAUGCACGGGAUUACGUCCUUAUGGCCUUGGGGUCAGUGAGUGCAUGUGUGCAUGGGGCCUCCGUGCCCGUCUUCCUCAUCUUCUUCGGGAAGCUCAUAGAUGUUGCUGCCGUUGGCUCCAGCAACCCUGCCUCAGUUUCGCACAAAGUUGGAGAGUACGCACUGGAUUUUGUUUAUUUGGGCUUUGGAAUACUGGUUUCAGCAUGGAUAGAGGUGGCUUGUUGGAUGCACACUGGUGAGAGGCAAGUAUCAAAGAUUAGAUUGGCAUAUCUUCGAGCUAUGUUGAAUCAAGAAAUAGGGGUAUUUGACACCGAAGCUUCAACAGCAGAAGUGAUUGCCUCCAUUACCAAUGAUAUUAUUGUGAUACAAGAAGCUAUAUCUGAAAAGGCUGGAAACUUCUUGCACUUUAUGACCCGUUUCAUUGUGGGAACUGCAAUUGGAUUUUCCUAUGUUUGGCAAGUCAGCCUUGUGACCUUGUCUGUAGUCCCCUUGAUUGCCAUUUUUGGCGGGACAUAUGUCUACGUUGCUACUGGUCUUAUCGCUAAAGUUCGAAAAUCUUAUGUUAAGGCUGGAGAAAUAGCCGAGGAGGUGAUUGGGAAUGUUCGCACUGUCCAAGCAUUCGUUGGAGAAGAGAAGGCUGUGAAAUCAUACAAGAACGCACUUUUGGAAACAUACAAGUAUGGGACGAAGGCAGGGCUGGCCAGGGGCCUAGGCAUUGGAUCCACGUACUUUGUUCUUUUCUCUUCAUGGGCACUGGUUUUAUGGUACAGCAGUGUUACCGUCCAUAAGGGCAUAUCCAAUGGAGGAGAGGCAUUUGCCACCAUGAUGAACGUCGUCGUUGCUGGCCUGUCCCUUGGACAGGCAGCACCAAGUGUUUCCAUAAUCAUAAGAGCAAGAACUGUCGCACAUCCCAUAUUUGAGAUGAUAAAGAGACAAGCAGCUGCCAAAGCAAGAUGCAGUACCGGGAAGACACUGCCCAAGGUGGAUGGGCACAUCCAGUUCUCCAAUGUGAGCUUCAGCUACCCGUCGCGGCCAUUUGCGCUCGUCCUCGAUGAGUUCAAUUUGGACAUACCAUCUGGAAAGAUCGUUGCUCUCGUGGGCGGAAGCGGAUCAGGAAAGAGCACGGUGAUCUCCCUCAUCGAGCGGUUCUACGAGCCCCUUUAUGGAGCUAUAUUACUAGAUGGAUGCAGCAUCAAGGAUCUGGAGCUCAGGUGGCUGAGGCAGCAGAUUGGUUUGGUCAGUCAAGAACCUGUGCUUUUUGCCACAAGCAUUCUAGAGAACAUCCUCUAUGGGAAAUAUGAUGCAACUGAUGAUGAGAUCACCGAUGCUCUCAGGCUGUCGGGGGCACUAGACUUCAUUGAGAACCUUCCUGAUGGAUAUGAGACGCAGGUAGGUGAGAGAGGGAUCCAGCUCUCAGGAGGGCAGAAGCAGCGAAUUGCGAUAUCUCGAGCGAUGCUGAAAAACCCUGCGAUUCUUCUCCUCGAUGAGGCCACGAGUGCUCUGGAUGCUGAGUCUGAGAAGAGCCUUCAAGAGGCUCUCGACCGGAUCAUGGUGGGUCGCACGACGGUCUUGGUCGCCCAUCGGCUGUCUACGGUCAGAAAUGCGGACAUCAUCACUGUUUUUAAAGCUGGAAAAAUCGUGGAGGCUGGAACUCAUGAGGAGCUCAUUGCAGAUCCUCAGGGUGCCUAUUUCUCUCUUGCUAGGCUCCCAGAGCAGCAACCAUUCCACCUGGAGAAUGUCACUGCUGAACGAACUCUAAGCAUGAGAUCUUCACUGGAACUAUCAGGUAGAUGGACAAGCCUUGGAGUUAGCUUUCACUCCGAGGGGGACUCCAUCAGCCGUUGCAAUCCAGAUGCGGAUGGCUUGCCAAAGGUGAGGCCAGUUUCUAUGAGAAGAUUAUAUUCCAUGGCUAGUCCUGAUUGGAUAUUUGCGCUGUUUGGAACCAUAAGUGCCUUUAUUGUUGGUAUCCAAGUACCGCUCUUUGCUCUCGGAAUUACACAAGCUCUAGUUGCCUUCUACAUGGAUUGGGAGACCACGCAAAGAGAAAUUAGGAAGCUUGUAAUCCUUUUCUGUGGUGGCGCUAUUCUCGCCAUAUUCUCUCAUUCUGCCGAGCACCUCAGCUUUGGAGUUCUUGGGCAAAGACUCACACUUCGCGUUCGUGAAAGGAUGUUUGCAGCGAUGUUGCGUAAUGAGAUGGGAUGGUUUGAUAACAUGAGAAAUACCUGCUCGAUGCUGUCAUCUCGACUGGAAGCUGAUGCCACUCUGCUGCAAACGAUCGUUGUCGACCGCUCAUCGAUCCUCCUGCAGAACGCUGGAAUGAGUGUGGCAUCAAUAGUCAUUGCCUUCAUUUUGAAUUGGCGGAUAACUCUUGUGGUACUGGCCACAUACCCAUUCACAGUCACUGGGUAUAUGAGUGAGAAACUAUUCCUGCGAGGUUUUGGGUUGAACUUGAGCGAGGCCUACUUGAAGGCCAACACGCUUGCUGCUGAGGCUGCAAGCAAUAUCCGCACGGUGGCUGCCUUCUGCUUGGAAGAGAAGGUUGUUGAGCUCUAUGCCCGUGAGCUCAAGGAACCCUCCAAGGGCUCUUUCCGACGCGGCCAGACUGCAGGCCUUUUCUGUGGCCUUUCUCAGUGCUUCCUUUAUUCCACCUUUGGCCUUGCCCUGUGGUAUGGAUCUGUCCUAAUGGGCAAGGGGCUUGCAAGCUUCGGGUCUGUCAUCAAAAGCUUUCUCGUCUUGAUGGUAACGGCAGCGGUCACAGGAGACACCGUUGGCCUGGCGCCGGACAUCAUGAAGGGAAAUAAGAUGGCAUCAUCAGUAUUUGAAGUUAUCGACAGGAAGACUGAGAUGGAUGGUGACAUAGGUGAGGAUGUAGGGAUGGUGACGGGGGAAAUUGAGUUGAGAAGAGUCGAGUUCCACUACCCUUCAAGGCCUGAUGUUCAGGUUUUCAAAGAUUUCAAUUUGAGAAUAAAGGCCGGCAAGAGCAUGGCGUUGGUUGGGACCAGCGGGUCCGGCAAGAGCACGGUGCUCUCUCUUAUAUUAAGAUUCUACGAUCCAAUUGCUGGGAAUGUGAUGAUUGAUGGUAAGGAUAUAAAGAAGCUCCGGUUGAAGUCUCUCCGGAAACACAUAGGCCUAGUUCAGCAAGAGCCGGCUCUAUUUGCCACAACAAUCAACGAAAAUAUCUCAUAUGGCAAGGAUGGCGCGACGGAGGCCGAGGUGGUUGAGGCUGCUAAGCUUGCUAAUGCCCACUCCUUCAUCAGUGCCCUUCCGGACGGCUACUCGACCGAGGUUGGAGAUCGAGGGGUUCAGCUUUCAGGCGGGCAGAAGCAGCGGGUAGCCAUUGCACGAGCCAUCAUCAGAAAUCCUGCCAUCUUGCUCCUUGAUGAGGCUACGAGCGCGCUUGACGUCGAGUCGGAGCGCAUAGUGCAGCAGGCUCUGGAAACGGUCAUGAAGGACCGCACCACCGUUGUGGUGGCACAUAGGCUAUCUACUAUUCAGAGUGCCGAUAUCAUCUCAGUCUUGCAAGAGGGGAAGAUCGUAGAACAAGGAAAGCACUCAAGCUUGCUGGAGAAAGAGAAUGGAGCCUACUAUAAAUUGAUUAACUUGCAGCAACAACAGUAACAAAAGCAGUAGGGGGGCCUGAUUGACGUAAACUUCAAGGAUGACUUGUUUCAUACUACAAACCAGUCAUGUUUGGGUGUUUGUUGGGUUCUUGUAUGGAGAUCUUUCAUAAAAGAUAUGCGGCUUUGGGUGACGAUUUAAAAUAAAGUAAAAUAUUUUAAAUACAAUCUCCAUAUGUUUUUCCAUGUUUUUGACAAGUAAUCAUGAUAUAGCUCGAGUUUGCAAGUGAUACAUCAUUUGUUUUAAAGGGAAAGAUAAAUAUGUAUUUGUUUGUGGGAAUUAUGAUAACUGGCAUGCACUUUUUUC